AGUAGCAACUUGCUAGCUAGCAUUAAGCAUUGUCUUCACAAAAACAAAUAUACAAUGUCUUACACUUUACCCCCUUCAACUUCUCUAAAUAACAAUACUUCCAUUAAUCACAAUUUUCCAACUUCAUCUACAUCCAAAACCCUCCUAAAACCCCUCACAUUUCCUUACACCAUCCCUUCAAAACUAACUUUAACUUCCCCUAAAUCUUCAACCUACGCAAACUACAAUGAGCUCGGGUUGGAUGAAGAAAUGGGCCGGAUUAAAAGGCUUCAAAACGGGUCGGAUGUACGUGGUGUGGCCGUGGAAGGAGAGCCGGGUCGAAAAGUGGACCUUACACCUCCAGCAGUGGAAGCAAUUGCCGAGAGUUUUGGAGAGUGGGUGACAAAUGGAUUGGAGAAGGAAAAAGGAAGACCUGUUGAGGAUGUUCGGAUUUCACUUGGACGAGACCCUCGGAUAUCGGGUGGCUUGUUGAGUGUGGCAAUAUUUUCGGGCUUGGGUCGGGCUGGUUGUAUGACCUAUGAUAUGGGACUAGCGACUACACCAGCUUGUUUCAUGAGCACAGUGUUGUCACCAUUUUUAUACGAUGCUUCCAUAAUGAUGACCGCGUCUCACUUGCCAUACACACGAAAUGGAUUAAAGUUCUUUACAAAGAAAGGAGGGUUAACAUCACCAGAGGUUGAAGAAAUAUGUGACAAAGCUGCCUAUAAAUAUGCCAAUCGGCUAACAAAAGUGUCGACAUUACUCAAAACUACCCCUACACGAGUCGACUUUAUGAACGUUUAUGCAAAACAUCUUCGCGAUAUCAUCAAGGAGAGAGUGAACCAUCCGCAACACUACGAUACUCCUCUUGAAGGGUUUCAGAUUAUAGUAAAUGCUGGAAACGGGUCAGGCGGGUUCUUUACAUACGAGGUAUUAGACAAGCUAGGUGCAGACACAUUUGGAUCAUUAAACCUUAAACCGGACGGCAUGUUUCCAAACCAUAUCCCAAACCCUGAAGACAAGGUUGCCAUGUCAGUAACACGAGCUGCUGUGCUCGACACAACAGCCGAUCUUGGCAUUGUUUUUGACACUGACGUGGAUCGUAGUGGUGUUGUUGACAAAGAAGGUAACCCCAUAAAUGGUGAUAAGUUGAUUGCACUUAUGGCUGCAAUUGUCCUAAAGGAACAUCCUGGUUCUACUAUUGUGACUGAUGCUCGAACUAGUAUGGCUUUGACUCGGUUCAUCACUGAUCGUGGGGGCCAGCAUUGUUUGUAUCGAGUUGGGUACCGAAAUGUUAUUGACAAGGGGGUUCAACUUAAUGAAGAUGGUGUAGAUGCUCAUCUUAUGAUGGAAACAUCUGGUCAUGGUGCUCUUAAAGAAAAUUAUUUUCUUGAUGAUGGGGCAUAUAUGGUGGUAAAAAUCAUAAUAGAAAUGGUAAGAAUGAAACUAGAAGGUUCAGAUCAAGGAAUCGGAAGUUUGAUAAAAGAUCUCGAAGAGCCAUUAGAAUCGGUAUUAUUAAGAAUGGACAUCCUUUCCGAGCCUAGACAUGCCAAGGCUCAGGCCAUUGAGAUCAUUGAGACCUUCAAAACCUACAUACAAGAAGGGAGGCUAGAAGGAUGGGAGCUAGAUGCCUGUGGAGAUUGUUGGGUAAGUGAUGGUUGUCUCGUUGAUUCCAAUGACGCCCCUGCCCCCGUGGAUGCUCAAAUGUACAGGGCUAAGGUUUCAAAUGAAGAAGAUGGACAAUAUGGAUGGGUACACAUUAGACAAAGUAUUCAUAAUCCAAAUAUAGCAGUCAAUAUGCAGUCGACGGUGCGUGGUGGGUGCCUAUCGAUGGCUCAAGUUUUCUUAGAUAAGUUUCUCAUCGCAAGUGGAAUGGAUAAGGAUCUUGAAUUCUCGCAGCUCGAAAAGUAUGUAAAGAACGUAAACAUCAGCUAGUUGGUGUCUAUUUCCGGAACUAUGCUUGAAAUCAUGGAGAAAAAAAAAAGAAACACAAUUCUAAGGCUUCAUAUCUUUUUUUUAUAACAUAAGAAGGUAAAAAGAAUUGGCAAAUCAUUCCUACAAGCAAUAAGUGAGAAUUUCGUAAUGGUAAUGUUAGGAGGAUGUGUCAUGAUGCAAUAAAGUAAAAUGUACAUACAUUAAUUAUAAUUAUACAUAUACCUAAAUAUACGAUGCUAUAUAUGCUUACUUUUCUUACA